AUUUGACUAUGUACACAGGGCAGGGCAGACAGCAGCUGAUCUUUCUCAUGACACUCAGGUGAGUUGAGGUUGGGAAAAGAAAAGGGUUAAAGUGCGCAUGCGAGUUUCUGCCUGUCUGCUACAUUGCUAACAAGACAAAACUCAGGAAGAGAUGAUGGCAGACUCCGGACCCGAGGAAAUAGCGGUGAUCGGGAACACCGACCUCACAUCGGCAGAACUAGAGAACAACAUUAAAAACACGAUGGUUGAGAUUGAGAAAUGGACUAGUCUUCUAAGAAAGAUGGAGAUCAGCGUUGGAGAGGCAGAGAAAAGGACUGGGAAGAAUACAGUCAACAUGCAGGAGAUAUACACUGUUUACCUAAUUGAAACACGGCCAGUUGAUGCUGUGACAGAAGGUAUAAUCCCAGCCCCAGACUCCUUAUGGAGGAGAUACAGCGAGUUUGAGCUACUCAGAAACUACAUGUUGGUCACCUAUCCCUUUGUCGUUGUUGCCCCGUUACCCGAGAAGAGGGCAGAGAUUGUGUGGCACAAGCUGUCAGCGGACAACAUGGACCCAGACUUUGUGGAGAGAAGGAGAGUUGGACUGGAGAACUUCCUGCUCCGAUUAGCCUCCCACCCAGUUCUCUGCAAUGACAAGAUCUUCUACAUCUUCCUCACUGAGGAAAAAGGAUGGAAGGAAAUGGUGUACGAGACAGGAUUUCAAGCAAAGGCUGAUUCCAGGUUGAAAGCUAUGAAUGCAGCAUUCAGGGUGAAGAAUCCCGACAAACGGUUUACAGAGCUGAAACACUACAGCGACGAGCUACAGACUGUGGUCUCCCAGCUGCUGAGAGUACGGGCAAGGGUAGCAGAUCGACUGUAUGGGGUGUACAAAGUGCAUGGAAACUAUGGACGAGUCUUCAGUGAGUGGAGUGCCAUAGAGAAAGAGAUGGGAGAUGGACUACAAAGUGCUGGCCAUCACAUGGAUGUGUAUGCUGCUUCUGUAGAUGAUAUUCUGGAGGAAGAGGAGCACUAUGCUGAUCAGCUGAAGGAGUACCUGUUCUAUACUGAGGCACUAAGGGCAGUGUGCAGGAAGCAUGAGCUGACACAGUUUGAGCUGGAGAUGGCUGCACAGGACUUAGCCUCUAAGAAACAGCAGAAGGAGGAGCUGGUCACAGGGACUGUGCGGACGUUCUCACUGAAGGGGAUGACCAGUAAGCUGUUUGGCCAGGAGACUGCAGAGCAGAGGGAGGCUAAGUUACAAGUGUUAGAACAGCAGAUAGAGGAGGGAGAGGAGGCUGUGAAAGAGAAGAACACCGAGAGCGAUGAGUUUGUGAAGACUGCCUGGGUAGACAUUGAGCGCUUUAAAGACCAAAAGGACCGGGACCUGAAGGAGGCCCUGAUUAGCUAUGCAAUCAUGCAGAUCAGCAGGUGUAAAAAGGGAAUACAAGUGUGGACCAACGCAAAGGAGUGUUUCAACAAGAUGUGAUCUUCAGGGCCGAAACAGGCCCUCCAAACAAACAGCAAAACAGAACAUGCUUCUUUUCAGGGGACUCCACCUGGGUUUGCAUCCCAAAUUGCACUCUAUUCCCAAAAUAGUGUGCUACUUUUGACCAGAGCCUUGUGGGAUCUGUUCACUAUAUAGGGAAUAGGGUGUUUUUUGGGACAGAUUUCUGGACACAGUCCCUAUGAUCCUUAUGGCAACAUACUGAGAGGUGUUUUGAUCAUGUCUGUUCAAGAAUAAAUAAAUAAUAAUUAUUUUUCUAUAUCUUUAUCAUGUCCGAUUGCUAGCUGCCUUGAUUUGAUCGACUUGCAAUUGUAGUUAUUUCUCAGUGACUGUCUGACAAAUGUAUGUAUUUUUUCAGACAAAUGUAUUUUCGCUGAAAUGCUGAUUUAAGGUAAUUCGCCAUGCACUUACACUAAUUUGUUUAUAGAGAUGCCAAGAAAUGUGGACUGAAUCCAAUUUUCCUAUGCUGCCUUUUACACAAUGUUCAAAAUCACGUUAUAAGAUUAGGCUUGCAAAUUUUCUAUGAAUUCCCUGGUUUUCCCCAAAAUUCCAGGAAUCAGUAGGGAACAAGAAUUUUGCAACCCUACAUAAGAUUACAACUAUUAUUUAGAUUUUUUUGUUAUUGAACCUUUAACCAUGCAUGUCAAUUAACAACAAAUUAUUAUUUACAAUGGAGGCAAGAGGCAAUUAGACUAGUUCUAUAAGAAUGUGCUUGCCGUUUAUUUUUCAUGCAUAAUUCACUUAUUGUGCUUUUGUCAAUUUUAUACUUGUGUGGUUGGUAUAUUGACCUUUAUGUCUUUUCUACUCUCUCAGUGCAUUGUCCCAGUAUACUAAAAUAAGGUGUUCAACCUUUUCAGAUGUUUUUGUGCAACAUUAAGAAUGUAACCCUCCUAUUUAAAUGGCUUACUGUACUUUGCCAUUCAAAACAUACUCAGGCACUUGGCCUUAAGUAACCACUAUGAUGAAUGGCAGGCUUGUCAUUUCUGAAGAGUGGGUGGGUCAGUGUUUUGAUAAAUAUAGCCAAAGGAACAGGAAGGUCACACAGGAAAGACAGGAUGUGAUAAUUUACUUAUGGUAGUGUUGUGCGUGUACUGGGGAUGCGGCCCAAAUGACUCCCUAUGCUCUAUAUAGUGCAUUACUUUUGACCAGAGCACUCUGGGCCCUGGUCUAAACUAGUGCACUAAAUAGGAAAGGGUGCAAUUUGGGACACAACCCUGGCCUCUUGCAUCUCUGUUCACUCUAAGGGCUAGGGGAGGAGGUGCAAUGUUAAUCGUGAAUUUGGGAUGAGAUCAGAGCGCUCUGGCAGGAAAUUGCACUGUUUAUGCGGUUGUAAGGUUGUAAUCAUUGUGCCAAAAAUACACUAAUAAAUAGGAAGAAUUCUAGUUUAAGGUCUCUUAAAAUCAUGUGUGUGGUGUGUUUGUUAAAUGUUUAUAUAAAUUCAGUUAAACUACUGUAACCCUUAUUACUUUUACUACAAGGUAGAAGCACACAGCUGCGCUUAUAGCAGGACACUAUGCGCAUUUGUUGAUGCUGUAUUUCCUUCUGUGAGGAGUGCUUUUAAAGUGCAGUCCAACAAUGAGUUAGUCUGCAUUUACACAGGCAGCCCAAUUGUGAUCUUUUUUUCACUAGUUGGUCAUUUGACCAAUCAGAUCAACUCUGAAAAAGCUCUGAUGUGAAAAGUUCUGAUGUUAUUGGUCAAAAGACCAAUCAUAAUUGGGCUGCUUGUGUUUACGCAGCCUAACUGACCUCAGGUUUUUCCUCCCACCUCUCUCACACACAGCAUUAAUUAAGCAAUGAGGCAUGAGAACCCGGGAAUUAACUCCCAAAGGGCUGUUCGAGGCGAAGCCAAGGGCCAAUAAAAAGCCUUUUGGAGGGUGUUCUCUACGAUUUGCUUUUAUAAAAUGGUUGCCAACAUAUUAAAAAAUAUUAAUAUCAUUGUU